CAGCGUUGUUCCGGAUCGACCUUACGGAAGACGGAAGGAAGACGGUGCUUUGCGAGUAGGACCGGUCAGCAGCCGCAAUGCCUCUCAAGGCACUGAAGAGUUUCCUCGUGGCCACAGGGCCACUUGCUCUCUUUCUCUUGGUAACGGCCACGAUGAUGCUGCAGCACAUCACUGCGAUUUGUGAUGACGAGUGGGACGCUUGCUUUGACGAUGCCGUGUGCAACUCGUGCUACUACGAUUGGGCUGAGUCUAUGGAUGCAUACAACAAAUGCAUAGAGGACUAUCCCGAGAUCGACUACGAUACAGAGGUUGACUGGUGCUUUGUGUACACGGCUUCCGAUUGUUGCAAAGCUUCGGUGUCCUCCAAAGACUGCCUGGGAAGCACAGCCUUCGUGGACCACACGAUAUGUGAAGCAAAUUAUUCCGCCACCUCAACGGAGAAGGACGCAUGAACCCUAAUUUUCGUUCGUG